AUGGAGGAAAAACCAUUCCCUGCAUGGUCAUGGUCUGUUGAACAGUGUUUGAAAGAGUAUGGAGUGAAACUGGACAAGGGGCUGAGUACUCAUGAUGUUCAGAAGCGGCGCGACAAGUAUGGCUGGAAUGAGCUAGCAAAGGAGAAAGGGAAGCCCUUGUGGCAACUAGUGUUGGAACAAUUUGAUGACAUGCUGGUGAAGAUACUUUUGGCUGCAGCCUUCAUAUCAUUUCUUUUGGCUUACUUUCACGGAAGUGACUCUGGGGAGUCUGGAUUUGAGGCGUAUGUCGAGCCACUUGUAAUAAUUUUGAUUUUGGUCCUUAAUGCCAUUGUUGGAGUUUGGCAAGAGAACAACGCUGAGAAGGCACUUGAAGCCCUCAAAGAAUUGCAAUGUGAGUCUGGGAAAGUGUUAAGGGAUGGCUAUUUUGUGCCUGAUUUGCCUGCUAGAGAGCUUGUUCCUGGUGAUAUUGUGGAGUUGCAGGUUGGAGAUAAGGUCCCUGCUGAUAUGAGAGUUGCAGCUUUGAAAACCUCAACAUUGAGGGUUGAGCAAAGUUCUUUAACUGGUGAAGCAAUGCCAGUUCUCAAGGGAACAAAUCCUAUUUUCUUGGAAGACUGUGAGUUGCAGGCUAAAGAAAACAUGGUAUUUGCAGGCACCACUGUUGUCAAUGGAAGUUGUGUAUGUAUUGUUAUCACCACAGGGAUGGAAACUGAAAUUGGAAAGAUACAGAAGCAGAUACAUGAGGCUUCUCAAGAGGACAGUGACACCCCUUUGAAGAAGAAGCUGGAUGAGUUCGGUAACAGGCUUACCACUGCAAUUGGUCUAGUUUGUCUCAUUGUUUGGGUUAUCAAUUACAAGAAUUUCAUUUCUUGGGAUGUUGUCGAUGGAUGGCCCUCAAACAUAAAAUUUUCAUUCCAAAAGUGUACCUACUAUUUCAAAAUUGCUGUUGCUCUUGCAGUUGCUGCAAUCCCUGAAGGUCUUCCUGCUGUUAUCACAACUUGUUUAGCACUCGGUACACGGAAAAUGGCUCAAAAGAAUGCAAUUGUGAGAAAGCUUCCUAGUGUGGAAACUCUGGGAUGUACUACUGUGAUAUGUUCAGACAAAACUGGCACUUUGACGACAAAUCAGAUGGCUGUGACACAGUUCUUUACUUUGGGAGGGAAAACCACUGCUUCUAGACUCAUUAGUGUUGAAGGCACAACUUAUGAUCCCAAAGAUGGGGGAAUUGUUGACUGGGGAUGCUAUAACAUGGAUGCUAAUUUGCAAGUCAUGGCUGAAAUAUGUGCUGUUUGUAAUGAUGCUGGGAUUUACUUUGAUGGUCGCCUUUUUAGAGCCACAGGUUUGCCUACUGAAGCUGCUCUCAAAGUGUUGGUUGAAAAGAUGGGAGUUCCAGAAGUGAAGUCAAGGAGCAAAACUCGUGAUAAUGCACAACUUGCUGCAAACAACUUGAUGGAUGGAAACACUGUGGUGAAUUUAGGAUGUUGUGAGUGGUGGAAUAAAAGAUCUAAAAGGGUAGCUACAUUGGAGUUUGAUCGCAUUCGGAAGUCAAUGAGCGUUAUUGUUCGUGAACCAAAUGGUCAAAAUCGGCUUCUUGUCAAGGGUGCUGUUGAGAGUUUACUUAAGCGUAGUUCACACGUGCAACUUGCUGAUGGAUCCUUGGUUCCAAUAGAUAACCAAUGUAGGGAACUACUUCGUCAAAGACUCCAGGAGAUGAGUUCAAAGGGAUUGCGUUGCUUGGGUUUCUCAUAUAAAGAUGAAUUAGGAGAAUUUUCAGACUAUUAUGCUGACACUCAUCCUGCUCACAAGAAGUUGCUUGAUCCAGCAUACUAUUCAUCCAUUGAAAGUGAUCUAGUUUUUGUUGGCAUUGUUGGCUUAAGAGAUCCUCCUCGUGAGGAAGUUCACAAAGCAAUUGAGGAUUGUAAGGAAGCUGGCAUUAGAGUUAUGGUAAUAACUGGAGACAAUAAGUCCACAGCAGAGGCUAUUUGUAGGGAAAUCAAUUUGUUCUCUAAAGAUGAGGAUCUCACAGGGCAAAGUUUGACCGGCAAGGAAUUCAUCACACUUGCUCAUUCAGAACAAGUUGAAAUAUUGUUGAAACCAGGAGGCAAGGUUUUCUCUCGAGCUGAACCUAGACAUAAGCAAGAAAUCGUUAGACUGCUGAAGGAGAUGGGGGAGAUUGUUGCAAUGACUGGAGAUGGUGUGAAUGAUGCUCCUGCACUUAAGCUAGCCGACAUAGGGAUUGCUAUGGGCAUAACUGGGACAGAGGUUGCAAAAGAAGCAUCAGAUAUGGUGCUUGCAGAUGACAAUUUUAGUACCAUAGUUUCAGCUGUUGCUGAGGGUCGCUCUAUUUAUAAUAACAUGAAGUCAUUUAUAAGGUACAUGAUAUCCUCCAAUGUCGGGGAAGUAAUAUCCAUAUUCUUGACAGCUGCUUUGGGGAUCCCAGAAUGCAUGAUACCAGUGCAACUUCUGUGGGUGAAUUUGGUUACUGAUGGUCCACCUGCAACAGCUCUUGGUUUUAACCCUGCUGAUGUUGAUAUCAUGCAGAAGCCACCUCGCAGAAGUGAUGAUGCAUUAAUAAGCCCUUGGGUUCUUUUCCGUUAUCUGGUAAUUGGUUCCUAUGUGGGACUGGCAACAGUUGGCAUUUUUGUCUUGUGGUACACUCAAGCAUCUUUUCUUGGCAUCAAUCUUGUGAGUGAUGGUCACACAAUUAUAGAAUUCUCCCAGCUUUGCAACUGGGGGGAGUGUCCAUCAUGGUCUAAUUUCACUGUUGCUCCAUUUGAUGUUGGAGGGGGUCGCUUGGUCACCUUUUCAAAUCCUUGUGACUAUUUCUCAGUUGGCAAAGUAAAGGCCAUGACUCUCUCUCUCUCAGUCUUGGUGGCAAUUGAGAUGUUUAACUCUUUGAAUGCCCUCUCAGAAGAUAAUAGCUUGAGGAAACUACCACCUUGGAGGAACCCUUGGCUUUUGGUAGCCAUGUCAAUGUCAUUAGGACUCCAUUGCCUCAUACUCUACACCCCCUUCCUUGCAGAAGUGUUUGGAGUUAUUCCACUUAGUUUGAAUGAGUGGUUUAUGGUCCUUUUAAUAUCAGCACCUGUUAUUCUCAUUGAUGAGAUUCUGAAGUUAGCGGUGAGGAGUCAAAGGAGGUUGACAAAGGAGAAACAAGCAUGA